AUGGAACCAAUUAUUGAACAAGCUUGUGAUUCAUGUAGAAAGAGAAAAUUGAAAUGUUCUAAACAAUUACCUAAAUGUGUUAAAUGUUCUCAACAUAAAUGGAAUUGUACUUAUAGUCCUAGAACUAUUAGAUCUCCUUUAACAAGAAAUUACUUGACCAAAAUUGAAAAGAGAAAUGAAUCAUUAGAAAGUAUUUUGAAGUUUUUAUUAGGAGAAGACAUUAGUAUUGAUAAUUUAAUCGGAAAUUAUCAAAAUUCCUUGUUAGAGCAUAAGGACUUAUUAAAGAAUCUUAAGAUCGAAGAAAGAUUCCAAAACAAUCUGAAUGUAACAGAUAAAGAAUCUUCCGAAUUCAAAUCUCCUGAUGAUGAAAUAGAUAAUAAAUUAGGGGAUAAUUCCAAUGAAAAUUUUCAAUCUGUUACUGAAAGCAAUAGUAAUAAUUUGAGUCAACCUAAAAAUAUUGGAACUAUUAAAAGUUCAAACUCAAUUAAUUCAAUGUAUCAAUCAACGUCAGAAUAUAAUAGUCUUGAUUCAACACCAAAUCAAUCACCUAGAUUAAUACCAAAUGAUAAGAAAUUUGAAAUGAAUGAGAUAUUAGAUUAUUCAAAUAUGAAAGAUGAAUUUAAUUCAUUAAGUCAAUCACCAACCUAUUCGAUCUUUUCAAAUGAAUCAACAAGCUUGAAUUUAAUCAAUUCUAAUAAUUCUGACGAAAUUUUCAAUGAAUAUUUGAAUUUGAAUUACAAGAAGAUUAAAUUAGAAGACGAUUAUUUAGAUAUUAACACUGUCAAUGAGAAUUAUUAA